UUCCACUUUAAUUUGGAUACUUUGUACGUCCUUGUGCUUUUAAUGAUCUUUUGUCCAGACAUUUCCUCCAUUGCUAGGUCAUCUCUCUCUCUUUAGUGGGAACACAUGCAUUAUUCUAUGGUAAGUUCUGUAUUUUAGCAAAUUAACUGACUAUACAGAGAGAUCACCAAGGCAAGGAGAAAUGGAGAAUACAAAUGUCAAGAAGGAAGAAGUUGCUGGUAGAAGCUUGAUAGACAAGGUGUUCUCUUGGUCUUUCAGGGAUGUUUGCAAUAAAGAUCUUUACAAAAAUCAGGUGCAAAGGAUUCCAGAGACAUUUUUGUCAAUGACAGAGUACAUGAAUUCAUUCAUGGAUCCAUUAAUUGAGGAAGCCCAUACUGAUUUAUUCUCAAACAUGACAGCAGUUCGUCGAGCACCUGUUUGUAAAAUACAUUCUGUUGAAGAAUCUAAAAAAUUUAAACUCCCCAAAGACUUGUUUUAUGAAAUUAAAUUCAAUGCAGCUGAAGAUACUAAAAAAGAUACAGGAUCCUAUGAACCUGAAGUUGGUGAUCUUAUUGCCUUGACAGAUUUUAGACCAAAAUCCAUUGAUGAUUUGGACAGGCCGACAAGAUUUUAUCUUAUUGCUUAUGUUUAUGGGACUAAAGCUGAAAGUUCUGAAAAGCUCCAAAUACUGGCAUCAAAGCGUAUUAGGACUGAACCAAACAUGCAAAGGAACAUGAGAGAAAAUUUUCUUGGGAGGAAGAGAGAAACAUUUCCUACAAAUAAGAAGGAAACACUUCUCGCAGUUUAUCUUAUGAACAUGACAACAAUUGUUCGAAUGUGGAGAGCAGUGAACUCGGACCUGGAAGGGGGAAACAGGAACAUCCUUAAUAAAGUAGUGCAAAACAAUGCAGCAGAUGAAGAAAAUUGUACUACAUGCUUCUCAGAAGGAAAAUGCAGUCCUUCCAAUUCGUUUAUAUGUGAUAUAAUUUCCUCUUAUAAUCUAAAUAAUUCGCAAGAAGCUGCAGUUUUAAGCUGUGUUGGUUUGAGGGACUGCUGUCAUCAGAAUACUGUCAAACUGAUAUGGGGUCCUCCAGGGACUGGGAAAACAAAGACUGUUGGUUUGUUAUUAUUUGUUCUCCUUAAAAUAAAGUGCAGAACACUAACAUGUGCUCCAACUAACAGUGCGGUUUUGGAAGUUACAAAAAGGCUGCUGAGUCUGGUUAGGUCACUAAAGUAUGGUAAAUAUGGGCUUGGAGAUAUAAUUUUAUUUGGGAGUGGUGAGCGAUUGAGGAUUGAUGCUUGUGAUGAUCUUCGUGAUGUAUUUCUUGACUAUCGUGUUAAUGUGCUUCGUAAGUGCUUUACUUCAUCAUCUGGAUGGAAAGAUUGCUUAGAAGUAGUGAUACGUUUUCUUGAGAACCCUAAAUUGGAGUACAAUAUAUACUUUAAAGAAAGAAAGAAGAAAAAUGUUGAGGUUGAGGAUGAGUGCAAACAGGAGGAGAGUACUAGCAAUCCAGUAAAGGAAGAUGAUGAUACUAUGACAUUUGAGGAGUUUGUAAAGAGGAAGUUCAGUUUAAUUGGUAAGUCACUGAAGUGUUGUAUGAGUGAUUUAUAUACACACUUACCAACUUCUCUAUUACCAUUAGAGGUAGUGAAGGACAUGACUAGAGCUCUGAAAUUGCUAAAAUCUCUUCGAACUUUGUUGUGCAGUCUCAGUACUGUAGCCAAUGAAGGGUUAGAACAUGUUCUUAAUGACUUUGAAGACAUUGGAAGCAGUGUUGAUUGCUCUUCAAAGUUAAGUAUCACCAUAAAAGAGUGCCUUGAUGUACUAAGGUCUCUUUCUCACACGUUCUCUGUACCAAAUUUAACUGAGCACUAUGCAAUACAAAAAUUUUGUUUGGCAAAUGCAUGCUUGGUAUUUUGUACCGCAUCAAGCUCUGCUAAAUUACACACAGAAGGAAUGACACCAUUGGAAUUGUUAGUUAUUGAUGAAGCUGCUCAACUUAAAGAAUGUGAAUCAGCCGUUCCUUUACAACUGUCUGGUCUCCGACAUGCUAUUCUCAUAGGAGAUGAGAGGCAGCUCCCUGCUAUGGUUCAAAGCAAGAUUUCCACGAAUGCUGAAUUCGGAAGAAGCUUGUUUGAAAGACUAGUCAUGUUGGGACACCAGAAACACCUUCUUGAUGUCCAAUACAGGAUGCAUCCAUCCAUCAGCUUCUUUCCAAACAAGGAAUUCUAUAACAACCAGAUUUCAGAUGCUCCAAAUGUCAUAGAAAGAGGGUAUGAGAAGCGUUUUCUUCAGGGCAACAUGUACGGCUCAUACUCUUUUAUAAGUAUAGAUCAUGGAAAAGAGGAAUUUGAGGGAGGUUACAGUCCGAAGAAUAUGGUUGAGGCUGCUGUGGUCUCUGAGAUAGUUGCAAAUCUUUAUGAAGAAUUUCUUGUCACAAAGAAGAAGGUUAGUGUAGGAGUUAUAUCACCAUAUAAAACUCAAGUUUAUGCAAUUCAAGAGAAAGUCAAAAGAUAUAGUAUAUAUUCUGACAGUGGCUUCUCUGUGAGUGUUCGCUCUGUUGAUGGGUUCCAAGGAGGUGAGGAAGAUGUGAUAAUUAUCUCAACUGUAAGAAGUAAUGAUAAAGGAUCAAUAGGUUUCCUUUCCGAUCUCAAAAGAGCAAAUGUGGCCCUGACUCGUGCAAGGUACUGCCUUUGGAUAUUGGGGAAUGGGACGACUUUACUCAAGAGUGACUCUGUUUGGAAGAAGCUAAUCCUUGAUGCUAGGGAACGGCAGUGUUUCUAUAAUGCAGAAGAGGACCAAAAGUUGGCUCUGGCUAUUACAGCAGCUUUAGUUGAGCUUGGAAAACUUGAUAUUUUACUCAAUAACGACUCUCUACUGUUCAGAGAGGCUAGAUGGAAGGUUAUCUUCAACAAUGAUUUCAAAGAGUCUAUACAGAGAGUUAGAAAUUCAGAGAUUUGUAAGGAAGUGCUUUAUGUGUUGCAAAAACUUUCAAGUGGUUGGCGUCAGCCUCAGGAGGAGAGAGACCCCAUUGUCCAUGAUGGGCCUUCUUCUCAACUUUUAGAGAUGUCCAAGGUCAGCGAGCAACUGAAUCUGGUUUGGAAUGUAGAUUGUCUCAAGGAGGAUUUGAAUUACAUACAGAUCUUGAAGGUUUGGGAUGUCGUGCCAUUAUCUGAUAUACCAAAACUUGCCAAGCGUCUUGAAAUCUUAUUUGGGAGAUAUAGAGUGGAUGAGAUGAAUCGCUGCAAACACAUAUGUGUUGAGGGGAGUUUUGUUGUUCCAAGGAGAUGGCCAGUGGAUUCAAGUAGUUGCUCAGAACCUGAUACUGUGUUGUCUCUCUCAAAGGACCUAUCCUCAGUGAGUCUAAGUGAUAAGCCAGAAACAUCAACUGCAAUUUAUAGAAAUCAUUUCAAGUCAAACAUGGAGAAUAAAUCUGAAGAUGUUGAAUUUAAGCAAAGGUGGCUUGACGAUUGAUGAAGCAAGAUUGCCUUCGUUUUGAACGAUGGAUUUGGAUGCAUUUCCAAGCCAUCUUUCCUGAUGCAGGUGGUACCAUGCUAGAGUUAAGGGCUCAGCCAUUACACCUCAAAUGAAAGCUGGAACCAUGGGGAAACUGCUUUAGACAUAUCAUAGUUUCAAGCAUUCCCUUUUGUAUAAUUACUAGUUGCAGACGCAUGUAAUGCGUGUGACAAUUAUAAUUUUUUGUGCCAAUAUUUAUUUAUUAUUUAUUUUUGUUUAGUAACAAUUUUGGUGCUUUGUAAAACCACACAGCAAAGUCAUCAACAUAGCUUGCUUCGUGUGGCCUUGUUUUAUUAUAUUAACUAUUUUGAGUGCUUCUAUGAAAAUAUAUAUGAUCAUUCUUGUUAGAGAAUGGAG